CCCAGCGCGUCGUCGACGGGGCGCGGAGCGCGGCCGGUGGUUUCUGUGGCCGGUCGGCGUCCGCUCGCUCGGCUCUUCGCCCUCCGCCCGACGAGGCGCCUGUGGCCGAGCUCCCGCAGCCAUGCUGCGGUCGGCGCGGCUCGCGCGACUCCACUGAGUCCGGGAACGGCGGCGAGCGCGGCGGGCUCGGGUCGCCAUGCCUACCCCAGGCAACAGGAUCACGGAGCAGGAAGAUGGACUAGAAAACAGUCUCGCAACAUGAAGGACUAUGUUCAGGUGCCUGCAGCCGAGCUGGAGAAACCUUAUGAGUUUACUUCACCAGGGGAGUCAUCCACAUGUCUUUACCUGAGAGUGUGUUGCUGCUGCUCUGCUCUGCGUCCUCGCUACAAACGCCUGGUGGACAACAUAUUCCCUGAAGAUCCAAAAGAUGGCCUUGUUAAAGCUGAUAUGGAGAAACUGACAUUUUAUGCAGUGUCUGCACCAGAGAAGCUCGAUCGAAUAGGUGCCUAUCUGGCAGAAAGGCUGAGCAGGGAUGUUGUCAGACAUCGUUCUGGGUAUGUUCUAAUUGCUAUGGAGGCGUUGGACCAGCUUCUUAUGGCCUGCCAUUCUCAAAGCAUCAAACCAUUUGUAGAAAGCUUCCUUCAUAUGGUAGCAAAGCUUCUGGAAUCAGGGGAACCAAAGCUUCAAGUUCUUGGAACAAAUUCUUUUGUCAAAUUUGCAAAUAUUGAAGAAGACACACCAUCCUAUCAUAGACGUUAUGACUUCUUUGUAUCUCGAUUCAGUGCCAUGUGUCAUUCCUGCCAUAGUGAUCCAGAAAUACGAACUGAGAUCCGUAUUGCUGGAAUAAGAGGUAUUCAAGGUGUGGUUCGCAAAACAGUUAACGAUGAACUUCGUGCUACCAUUUGGGAACCACAGCAUAUGGAUAAGAUUGUUCCCUCACUUCUGUUUAACAUGCAGAAGAUAGAAGAAGUUGACAGUCGCAUCGGCCCGCCUUCUUCCCCCUCUGCAGCUGACAAAGAAGAGAACCCUGCAGUGCUGGCUGAGAGCUGUUUCCGAGAACUGCUGGGCCGAGCAACUUUCGGGAAUAUGAAUAACGCUGUCAGGCCAGUUUUUGCGCAUUUAGAUUAUCACAAGCUAUGGGAUCCUAAUGAAUUUGCAGUUCAUUGCUUUAAGAUUAUAAUGUAUUCUAUUCAGGCUCAGUAUUCUCAUCAUGUUAUCCAGGAAAUUCUUGGACACCUUGAUGCUUGUAAGAAGGAUUCGCCACGGGUUCGAGCAGGUAUCAUUCAGGUUCUGUUAGAGGCUGUUGCUAUUGCUGCUAAAGGUUCUAUAGGGCCAACAGUGCUGGAAGUCUUCAACACCCUGUUGAAACACCUGCGACUCAGUGUGGAAUUGGAAGCCAAUGACUCCCAGCAGGGGUCUGUGGGCAGCAUCACCCUGAGUUCCAAAGACAAUGAUGAGAAGAUUGUGCAGAAUGCUAUCAUCCAGACAAUAGGGUUUUUUGGAAGUAACUUACCAGACUAUCAGAGGUCAGAGAUCAUGAUGUUCAUCAUGGGAAAAGUGCCUGUUUUUGGAACAUCCACUCAUACUUUGGAUAUCAGUCAAUUAGGGGAUUUGGGAACCAGGAGGAUUCAGAUAAUGUUGCUGAGGUCUUUGCUUAUGGUGACGUCUGGAUACAAAGCCAAGACAAUUGUUACUGCACUGCCCGGGUCAUUUCUGGACCCUCUGUUAUCCCCAUCCCUCAUGGAAGAUUAUGAGCUGCGGCAGUUAGUCUUGGAAGUAAUGCACAACCUCAUGGAUCGCCAUGACAAUAGGGCAAAGCUCCGCGGCAUCAGAAUAAUACCAGAUGUGGCUGACUUGAAGAUAAAAAGAGAAAAAAUUUGUAGACAAGAUACAAGCUUCAUGAAAAAGAAUGGGCAACAGCUAUAUAGACAUAUAUAUCUGGGCUGCAAAGAGGAAGACAAUGUUCAGAAAAACUAUGAGCUCCUUUAUACAUCUCUGGCUCUUAUAACUAUUGAACUAGCCAAUGAAGAGGUGGUUAUUGACCUCAUUCGACUGGCCAUUGCUUUACAGGACAGCGCAAUUAUCAAUGAAGAUAACCUGCCAAUGUUUCAUCGUUGUGGAAUCAUGGCACUGGUUGCAGCAUAUCUCAACUUUGUGAGUCAGAUGAUAGCCGUUCCAGCAUUCUGCCAGCAUGUUAGCAAGGUGAUUGAAACUCGAACUAUGGAAGCCCCUUAUUUUCUACCAGAGCAUAUUUUCAGAGAUAAGUGCAUGCUUCCAAAAUCUUUAGAGAAGCAUGACAAAAGUUUAUAUUUUCUGACCAACAAGAUUGCAGAGUCCCUGGGGGGAAGCGGAUACAGUGUGGAGAGGCUCUCAGUUCCUUAUGUGCCACAGGUGACAGAUGAAGAUCGUCUUUCUAGGAGAAAAAGUAUUGUGGAUACUGUAUCUAUUCAGGUGGACAUUUUACCCAACAUUGUGCCUUCUGAUGAUGUGGUUAGCAACACUGAAGAAAUCACCUUUGAAGCACUGAAGAAAGCAAUUGACACCAAUGGAAUGGAAGAACAGGAAAAGGAAAAGAGACGUCUUGUGAUAGAGAAGUUCCAGAAAGCACCUUUUGAAGAAAUAGCAGCACAAUGUGAAUCCAAAGCAAAUUUGCUUCAUGAUAGACUUGCUCAAAUAUUGGAGCUCACCAUACGCCCUCCUCCCAGUCCAUCUGGAACACUGACCAUUACUUCUGGGCAUGCCCAAUACCAGUCCGUCCCAGUGUAUGAGAUGAAAUUUCCGGAUCUGUGUGUGUAUUGACUGGCUCAUGAAGACUACAGCAUUUAAAAGAAUGUUAAAGCCUGAAAAACAAGGCCAAGAUGAGUUUUCAGGAUUUGCAUAAUGCUUACUGACAAGUCCUGAAAUGGAAUGGGAUGUAUCUCUAACCAAACACUGGUCAUGCUGUGUUAGAAGUUUAGGAACUCUGAAUUAGAGUACUUCUAAAGGUAGACUUAUGCCACGUUAAUUUGUUUUGAGGUUCCUAUUAGCUUUUAAGAUGUAUUGCUUUCACAUUAUGCCGUUGUUAAAUAGUAUAUUUUAAACUUUGCACAAACGUGAUUUUUAAAAAACAAUUGAAAAAUGUAUGAAGUGUCUGCUGAUUUCUUAAGCGUCUCCACAACUGCUUAGAAGUUGAUUGCUUUUUUUCUUCAAAAGUAAAUAUAUUCCUAAGCCUAGGGUUGCAAAUUCUUUCAUGCUUUCUAAAUCCAUGCUUCAGAUGGACUGUGUAGACAUCUUUCAGUCCUCAGUAGUAACAUGUGGCAGGCAUUCCUACAGUAUCAGCGAUAGAAAAAUCUACUGACCAGUAUUCUCACCUAGGUCCUCAUCUGGAAACUGGUCAGGCUUUACAGGUCUUGUGAUACUUGUGUUUUCUGCUUCAAGUUGAGCCCUUGAGCCCUAGAGCUCACUCUUGGAGCACCGAAAGGUGCAGUGUUUUCCACAUAUGAUGUGUUAGUUUACAGACUGCGCUUUGAAACUAUAGUUGUAUUUUGCUGUGAUUCCAUUAAUUAAAUGAAAUAUAUAUUUACUAUAUAAAAGAAAGACAUUAAAAACAGCUACACGUUCACCUGUGCAGAGUCUAUACAUUUCAGUUUCUUUUAAAUGAACUUACAUUUUUAUAUUGUGCAUUGUUUUAAGUCUUCAUAGUAAAAAAUUUCCCCAGUGAACCUUUUAAUUUGCAAGAUUUGAACCAAAACUUGUGUGCAUCUCUGUUGAAGAUUAGUUACAUACAUUCAAAACGGUUCAUGUGUUCUUGUAAGGUCUGAGUGUGAGCUACCUUUAUUCCAGCUGUGAGACUGCAAGGGCAGUAUGUGUUGCACGUGCUAGUGAACACCACCACAUGGUGAAAAUAAGCAUUCUGCAAUUAGAAAAUUCUCUUAGCAUAGUUUUGCAAAAUCAUUUUGUGUAAUUCUGCUUUUUCAAAUUCAGUUUCUUUUUACAUAAAACAGUAUUCCUAUCAAAAAUUACAGCUCAAAAAUAAUUUGGUUUUAGUUUUGUUUUGUUUUGUUUUUUAAAUAAAAUGAAAAACAGGAUGUUUUAAA